AAUAAUUAUUGGAGUUCAUAUUUUUUUCUGAAAUAGAAAACACGCCAAGGCCGUGUCUAACAAGGAGUAUUUUCUGGCCUGCUCUGUGAUAGCUUAAACCUCAAAGGAAGCAGUUUCGCUGCUCUGCUCGUCUGGAGAGCGGAAGUGUGGGUCCAGGUUCGAAUGAGAAAAUUUACAACGCAGACGCAAAAUGUUAUGAAAUGAGAGAAAAAACGACUUUGCACAAUUUGAAAGGGACGCUGAUGUUUUUAGCAGUGCAACGGUCUAUGUUACACAGGGAACCAUGGCAAAACACUUGCUGCAAAGCUGUUUUUAAGCCCACAGGCCAUCAUAAAUGAGUCAGAUGGCAAACGUACAGAACAAGAACCAUCACCUUGUACCAGUGAUGCAGCACCAUGGAAAGCAGGUGCCAUUUUGGAAGAAAUUACAAAAAUGCAAAGACCGAUGUAUGUACAGUCCGAACACCUGUAAGAGCGAGGAAUGUUUUUGCACUGGAACCACUGAAAAUUCACUGUGAAAUACAAUUCUGCGAGAUGAAAUUCAACGUGUCCUGGUGUAAAAUCGAUGAUACAAAUGACUGCAGGAAUAUUGAUGAAACACCUCACAUCAGAACCCUUCUGAAAACCACUCCAGAGGACAUCAAUGUGCACCUGUCAUACCUACACUUCACUCAGACUUCACGGAGUGAUUCUGGUCAAUACAGGUGUAAAAUUUCAGGGAGCAUAACAUCGGUGAGCCACUCCAUUCAUGUCAAUGUCACAGAUGCACCAAGUGACAGGAACAUCAGCUCUGCAAUUAACACAACAAAUGCUCCUGUCAACGAUUUACAGCCAGGACUGCAGGCCAAGCUGCCGUAUAUUUACUUUUUAGCUGGCAUCAUAACAAUCCUUAUCAUAGUGAUUGGGAUCUCUGUAUUUAUUAUGCGAAGAUGCGAAGGAUCGCAGAAAAGAGAAAAAGCUGAAAACUCCCAGAAUCAGUUGCGCUUACAGUCCAGCACACCAGAGAAUUCCUGCCAAGCCACACUCGGCCCUGAAUCCCUCAUGCGGCCGAAGAGCGUGUGCGUCCACCCAGCUCCGCACUUGGACCAUGCAAGUGGCGUUUAUGACAACGUUCCUACGACGACAACGUCCCAGUUGAAGUCCACCAAGGCCUCUGUGAGAGCGCCGCUCACUAGGCGGGAGACACCUAACGUGACGUCCGCCGUGAUACUCGCAGAGAGUAUCUAUGACAACGAUGGGGCCGAUGAGAAGGGCGAGGAAAGCUGCCUCGUGUACGCCGCUCUCAACCAUAAGGCUGUCCGGGAGGGUCACAGCCCCAUACACUCCUCCAUUUUUGAGGAAGACCUCUCAGAAUACGCUCCCAUUCGGGUCUCCUGAACCUAGAGCGAGUCCAUGGCUCAGGUUGCGAAGAAAGCGAUACCUGGGAACUUUGGGUAUAUACUGUACUCCAUGAAUCUUUAGCGCAUACUACA